AUGACAUCGCUUAUCGAAGCUAAAGGCUAUAAAAUAGACAAACAAAUUGGCAAAGGAGGUUUUGGUGUGGUUUAUAAGGCAUUUGACAAGUAUAAUAAGGCUGUAGCCUUGAAACAAAGCAAUAUUAAAGUAAGUAUUUAUGGUUUAUAUUUUUCUUUUAUUUUUUCUUGUUUUAAUGGAUUUUAGGGUGUUGUAAAGGAUGUUUCAAAGGAGAACAUUAUAGAUUUUGCAUAUGAUUUAAAGCUUAUUUUAGUUUAUUUUAGAAUGGCAAAGAAAAAGGACUGGAUUUAAAAGCCGAAGCUAGGUUUAUGAGGAUAUUGAGCGAGGGAAAAGAUUCAGAACGACACUAUUUUGUCAAGUACAUUGAUUCGUUUGAAGAUGGCGAAAACUUUGUACUUGUUAUGGAAUACAUCGAAAAUGGCAGUUUAUACGAGUUCGUCAGGAAGGAACCGUUAAGUUUGGACGCUGGUAAGUAUUAUUGUUAUGUUUUUUUUUUGGAAUUUUAGAAGCGGUAUACAUUUAUUUAUUGACUUAGAAAACAGGAGAUGAACGUUUUGGGUUAGCAUGCGUUAACCUACGUUGUUAUAUGUUAAUACCUGAAGGUACCGAAAAAAGUGUUUAGAUAUAAAUUUAAGGUUUGUCAACAACAUAAACUAAUGCAGUUCACGGUUUUUAGUUUAAGCAAUUUAAGUGUUAAGUUUGUUAUUAAAAAGUUAAAACAAUUUUUGUGUUUUUGAUAUAUCUAUUAUAAGUAUAACAUGGGCAUACGUUAUGUUAAAUGAAGAAAUAUAAAAUUUAUUUGUUUUGGAUUGUAAAAGAGUUUAUGAACUUGGUUUUUGUAAUAUUUGGGAUUCGUUGAGCUGUUCUGUAAAAAGUUACAGCAGGUUUAGGUAACAACAUUUCGAUAUUUUAUUAUUAAUUUUUGUGGUGAAUAAGGGUUUCAUCACGUUUUUAAAUGAUGUGUUUUAAUAUUAAUCAGCUUUUACUGUCUUUUUUCAGCAAUAUACGUGACUUUACAAAUAAUAGUGGCAGUACAAUAUAUGCACGACAAGGAGAUAAUGCACCGAGAUUUGUCGCCGGGGAAUAUAUUGGUGGUUCCUCGAUCGAAUAGCAGAUCCAAGUUUCUACCUAAAAUCUGUGAUUUCGGAUUGGCCAAACAGUUGCCACGUUCUAAGGAAAAGAACUUUACUGUGUGUGGUACGCCGCAAUUUCAGGAUUUGUAAGACUAUAACAAUAUUUUACACUUUUUAAAAAGAUUUUGAAUUUUGUUUAAAAUUUUUAUUUGUGGUGAUCUUCUGAUGCGUUUUUGUGUAAAAACAGCCUUCUAAAGAAACUUUCAACACCUCAUUUGAAAACCUAUGUUACAGUGAACACAUGAAGAAAGGUUACGGACCAGAAAUAGACUAUUCAUCAGUUGGUGCUCUUUUCUACUACAUGCUUACCCAAAAGCCGAUACAGAAUAAAGUGGCAUCAGUUAACGAUAUACGAGCCAAAAUUGACAAUGAAGCAGCAGUCAAUUGGAUUUGUCAGUUGGUAAUGAAAGAUGACAAAUAUGAACGAGAGUUUGGCAUAAAGAAGACUUUGACUACGCCUGAAGGUAGGUUUAGAACGAUUUUUUUUAUAAAAAUAGGAUUUUUUGUUGUUUCAGCUAACACAAUGAGAUUUUUUGGUUUUUAGGUAACAAUAUUUGAUUUUUUAGAUGUUUAAAUAAUAAAAUAUGUUUUAGUUAUUUUAGGUAACAAGAUAUGUUUUAGUUAUUUUAGGUAACAAAAAAUUAUUUUUUUGGAUGUUUUUAGAUAUUAGAAUGCAGCUGAAGGCGAUAGAUUGCCGAGACAAAAGUAUGCCACGCAGUUCAAUCUCAAGUCGAAUACGCUCCACUAGUCGUACAAUACGAGAAAAGGAGAACAUAGAGAACAGGGAUUACCAUGAAUACAGGAGAGAUCAAUAUUCAGAUACACAACGGUUUAGAAAUGAUCAUGAAAACAGAGGAAGAUCGAUGGAACGCAGAGAUUAUGGAGUGUGCAGAGAAAGAGGGAACCAGAGAAUUGAGGUCAAAAGUAAUGGUCAGGAUUAUAGGGAAGGAUAUGUUAGACAGGUAAGAGUGUUAUUAUAAUGUCAUUUUUAAUAUUUAUUUUUUCAGCCAGAACGUCGAAGAUCGUCAUCAAGACAAACCGACUCCUAUAGGCGAUUAGAUAGCCUUCAAUUACCGACCAAUGUAGAAACUCGAAGAGAACGACGCAACUCAGUACGGACGAUACCAGUAGCUGAAGCUGAACUAUCACGUAAGCCAAAGUCAGCGCCAGGACAGAAAGUGACACCAUGGCCAUUGGCUCACAAUAUGAAUGAUCUGUCGGAGGUUAAUGUUGUCUUUGCUGAACCGGGAAGGGUAAGAGUAUAAAAUUUGGAUUUUUUGUAAUGUUAUUGUAGAGAGUAGUUUCACAAUCAAUUUUUUGAAAAUUAUGGUUUUAUUAGGUUGUUCAAGUAAUUUUGGGUUCUUAAUCUAUAUUCUUCACUAUAAUCUUGACUUUACUCUUAACCUCACAAUUGUCUGUUCUCUGAUUCCCUCUUUCUCUGCACACAGAAAGAGGGGAUCAUAGAAUUUGUGUGUAAUAUUUGGUUGUUCACUUAAAGUUGCCCUCUUAGUUUAACAUACAAAAAAAAUAAUUAAAAAACUUUUUUUAUUUUUCAGGUACUCCUAACAAAAGAAGGCUCAUUAUGUACAAUAACGAUAGAAGUUCACAAUUCAGAUGAAGUGAUAACAAAGAUAGUAAAACUCAACAACGCCGGCGAAUCCUCACAAAACCUGAACGUAUACGAAGUCGAAGGCCGACACAAAAAACGCACCAUAAACGACCCACCAGUACCAGUAGGACCAAGAACCAAAAGUGUACUAUCAAGUCGGGAGUUGGACAAAUCGCCAGAGUUAAAAACGAUCUAUGACAAGUGUAACAAGUUCGUGUUAUGGUGCAGGAAUCGACAAGCACGAUGUCAGUUCAUAGACAACGUGAACAAGGUAUACGGGGAUGUGAAGAUAAAUGGCAGAGUGGAGAUACGGUGGAAUGACAGAACGAUCGAGGUGGACAGAACAAAGGAGGACCUGAUCUUGGAGUCGGUCAAGGGCGGGAAGUUUACUUCGGGUAGGUUAUUUAUGAUUGGUGGAUUAUGAGGCUUUCAAUCGGUGAUUUAGGUAACAAAAUUUUCAAAAAAGUGAUUUUAGGUAACAUUUUUUCUCAAAAAAUUAUUGUUAGGAAAGGCUCAUAACGAGCGUUUGACAUUACAGUAGAGUAUUUACACAAAAAAUACUCCUUUCAUAAAAUGACCAAUUUUCAGGUGAAUAUGCCUACCUACGACAAGUCGGGCGAGAUCUUUUGAACAAAGACCGCAGAGCACAAAAGUACAAAAACAGUUUACAGUACAAUCGAAAUCAGGAAGCUGUGUGA